GUCUGGCUGCCUGGGGUUGGAUCCGGCUGCAAGGCAAUCUCCUUGGACUUGAGGAGGGGGAAGGAAGGACUGGAAGUCACUGAGUGCAGACCCAGGCUGGGAGUGGAGCUGUGGACUUGUCCUCUGAGGCUGGGGCUCACACUCUCCUCCAGUCCCAGUGUAGAUGACAGAACCUGGGACUGCUACAAAGUAACUCUGCUACCCCCCCCAUCCCAGCCCUGACUGCAAUGUUCCAGCAAGAGCAGCACCCUGAGCCCUGUGGCACCCAGUGACCCUGUGCCUCUUCUUCAAGGAGUUGCUCUCCUUUAAUGUAUGACUUGAUGGGUUUGAACAGCACCAGCUCUGCCAUCCAGUCCAAUGUCUCCUGCUCCUGCAACUGCAAGAGGUCCUUGUUCCAAAGCAUGGAGAUCACGGAACUGGAAUUCGUUCAGAUAAUCAUCAUUGUCGUGGUGAUGAUGGUAAUGGUCGUAGUGAUCACGUGUCUCCUAAACCACUACAAGCUUUCUGCACGAUCUUUUAUCCAUCGGCACAGCCAAGGCAGAAGGCGGGAGGAGAAUCUGUCUUCAGAAGGGAGCCUGUGGCCUUCGGAGAGCACAGUGUCAGGAAAUGGAGUGGCAGAGCACAUUUACACACCAAGACCCUCGGACAGACUGAGCAUCCCACCGUUUCUUCAGAGAGAUCGCUUCAACCGCUUCCAGCCCACCUAUCCCUACAUUCAGCACGAAAUCGACCUCCCACCCACCAUAUCGUUAUCGGAUGGAGAGGAACCACCACCAUACCAAGGACCCUGCACGUUGCAGCUGCGUGACCCUGAACAGCAAAUGGAACUGAAUCGAGAGAGUGUGAGGGCACCUCCCAACCGAACUAUCUUUGACAGCGACUUAAUUGAUAGUUCAGUCUACGGAGGACCUUGCCCGCCAAGCAGCAACUCUGGAGUGAGCGCCACCUCUUACAGCAGCAACGGGAGGAUGGAAGGGCCACCUCCAACCUAUAGCGAGGUCAUAGGUCAUUACCCUGGGUCCUCAUUUUACCAGCAUCAGCAUAAUACGGGCACUCCCUCAAUAUUAGAAAGCAGCAGACUUCACUUGCAAAGCAAUGUUCUCGAUAGCACAGUUGCACGGAGCAAAGACAAAGACAAACAAAAAGGACAGCCGUAUUAGGAUCAAAAAGCAGCGAACUGAAUGACAAAAAGUUGAAAUCUUUAAACACUGCACUUCUAAGCUGGCCCAUUCGUUGUCAGCCAGGGUCGCAAUACCAAGACUGUUGCGUGCCUUGUGAUGACCAACAGAUUGCGGGGGCAAAAAAAACUUUUAAAGAAGUCAAAGAAGAGGAGGGAAAACAAAAAUGUUAAGCAAGAAAACCCUCCCGGCCUCUUCACCUUCUUCCUGUAUAAAUAUUUAGUUGUUUUGUCUGGUUUGAAUGCACAAGCCGAGGAAGCUUGCUAUCCUGUUUAUAUGUUUAGCUGUGUCUUGGAUUCCUUUACACAGUUGCCCUUUAAGAAGUUGACUAGCCUGCGUGAGUGCUUACCUAUAUACCCCAUCACCUUAUAUCUAUAUAUCUAUAUAUAUAAAUAUGUCAUUUUUUUUUUUUUUAUAUAUAUAUUUCACUUAACGUUAAGGAAACAAAAUCCUGAAAAUAUUUGCACAAAACUUUAUUUGUUAAAAGAAGACUUGCAAUAUAUAAUUAUAUAUGAGAACUAAGAGAAAAAGAGUAUGAGUGAGGGGAAGUAUUUUUGUAUUACAAAAGGGCCUAUACAUUUUGGGAUGCUUGUUCAUCAGAAAAUGGACGUGAAAACAGAAAAAAAAAAAAGUUUUUUUUUUUGCGGGGGAAGGGUGGAUUUGUUUGAGUGCCAACUCAGAAAGAGUGCUGUUUAGAGUAAAAAAAAAAGAAAAAAAAGGAAAAAGCAGGGGACUAGAGUUAUUUAUAUAAAUGUUAAAAAGAAAAUUUGCACUAUUUUUGAUAUGACUAUACCAGUCCUUGUGUUUAAAAAAAAAACAACAAUGUAUCAUGUCUACCACAAAAAAUACAAAACUAAGAAAGAUAAAGUUAUGUGCUUCAUUAAUCAACUAUGUUCGAAUACCCAAAUGAAGAAGAAAUUACAGCAUUUUAUUAAUUUUUUUUUUUUAUUGUUGGGAUCUUUGAUCGGGGUGAUAAUGCAUUAUUUCUUUAGAAUCUGGUUUCAUAGUGUGAAAUUUUUCAAGCUCAGAUUAGUAGUAGAUGUAACACAUUGCACAAUUAAAGAAAGAGCUCCCCCCCCCCCCCCCCCCCC